AUGACACUGUCAAUAAUAUUUGCUUUUAAAGUUUUAGUGCUCUACUUAGAAAAAAAUUCUACAGUCCAGACCACUGACUGUACACAAUUGAGAGAACAAUGUGUAAAUGGCACAAAUGGAUGUGACCUUGUUUGGACAGUCCUUGAAGACGUCUGUAAUGUUUCAGAUAAUGACUGCCAGAUGAAAGAUUCAUUGAGCUGCAAUCUAAGCAUCAAGUCUCUAGAGGAUCAAUAUCCCAAAUUUAAAAACUGUCUCUGUACUGAAGAUAUUUAUUGCAGUGUCAACAAGUUGCUUGGGAAACAAUGUACCAGUAAAACAGAUUACAUUAAUGAGCCUAUUAAAUUGCAAUGGGAUCAAACUACUCUUUCUUACCUUGGAACCCAAGGAAUCUGGUCCUGUUUGGAAGCAGCACAAAUUUGCAUUGGAGAUGUCAUAUGUAACAAAAAGUUGGCUCUGUACCUUAAGGCUUGCUCAGCAACUGGAAGACCAUGCAAUCUGACCCAAUGCCAAGCAGCCAUCCGCUUCUUCUACCAAAACAUACCUUUCCACAUUGGCCAGAUGUUGGCAUUGUGUGACUGUGCUCCAGCCGAUACACCUUGUCAGAAGUCCAAAGACAUUCUUCAUAGCAAAUCAUGUGCCAUGAAUGUAGUUCCACUCCCAUCAUGCCUUGAUGUGAUUCGCAACUGCCGAGUUGAUGAAAUAUGCAGAAGUCGCUAUGAAACAUUUCAGGCAAAAUGCUGGCAGCGUGUGACUGAAAAAUGCUAUUAUGAUGAGACUUGCAUUAAUACCUUCAGUAAGGAAGAUCUAACUUGCUCAGCAGAUGAUAAAUGCAAAGCUGCCUAUAUUGACACUGUGGGGACCAUCCUUCAUGCCCAAUGCACCUGUGGCUCCAUUCCAUUCACUGAACGGCCUUUAUGUGAAAUUUUUUCUCACAUGCUUCAGAGCACAUCCUGCUUCAGUAAGUCAUUUGGUUAA